AUGUCCAACCGACACCUCUUCCCGACCCUCGAUGGGCUCGUGCCCAAAGCUCUGCGUGGCAUCGUGGCCAGCAACCCUCGCCUCAACCUCGACGAGACCAACCGCGUCAUCUACGACCCGUCUUCCUCGCCUUCCAAUGUCAGCAUCAUCAGCGGAGGCGGCUCCGGCCACGAGCCGGCAUGGUCAGGGUACGUGGGCGCCAACAUGCUCUCGGCAGCCGUGGCCGGGGACGUGUUUGCCUCGCCAAGCACGAAGCAAAUCCUGGCAGCCGUCGACGCGGUGCCCUCAGAUAAGGGCACCCUGCUGGUCAUCACCAACUACACAGGCGACUGCCUCCACUUUGGCCUCGCUGCUGAGAAAACAAAGGCCAAGGGCAAGGCGUGCCGGUUGCUGAUCUGCGGCGAUGACGUCUCGAUCGGCAAGAAGGGAGGAUCGCUGGUUGGCCGGCGCGGCCUCGCUGGACAGAUCGGCGUGCUCAAGAUCCUCGGUGCCGCCGCCGCAGAGGGAGCGUCUCUCGACGAGCUCUACGACCUAGGCACCGCCGUCAACAGCCAGAUCGUCAGCAUCGCUGCGACCCUCGACCACUGCCACGUCCCUGGGCGAACCGAGCACGGUGCCUUGCAGGAGGACGAAGUCGAGAUUGGUACGGGGCCACACAAUGAGCCGGGAUACAGGAAGCUGACGCCAGCGCCCACGGCUGAGGGGCUGGUGAAAGAGAUCCUAAAGUACUGCCUGGACGAGACAGACCCGGAACGGGGCUACGUCAAUUUCAAGGCCGGGGACGAGACCGCGCUGCUCGUCAGCAACUUUGGCGGCAUGUCAAAUCUGGAGUUGGGCGGGCUUGUCGACGAGCUUCUCCAACAACUCCUGAAGGACUGGAACAUCCAGCCGGUCCGAGUGUACGCCGGGUGCCUGGAAACGUCCCUCAAUGCGCCGGCCUUCUCCGUCUCCAUCUUCAACCUCUCCGGAAUCGCCGCCAACAGCGCCUACUCCCUGGAGCAGAUCAAGGGCUUCCUCGACCUCAAGACGGACACCGCGUGGGAAGCUGUCGCCGGGGCCCAGAGCUAUCCGCAGAGACGUCCCCGGGCAGAGCAGCUGGUCCAGGCGCCGUCGGCGGAGUCCAAGAAGGCCGUGGACGACGCGAGGGAUGUCAAGGUCGACCCCGCGCUGCUGGAGAGGAUGCUGCGCGGGGCUUGCGAGGCGGUCAUCGCGGCGGAGCCCGACCUGACGCGGUGGGAUACCGUCAUGGGCGACGGAGACUGCGGCCUCACGCUCAAGACGGGCGCGACCGCGCUGCUCGACGCCAUCGGCAGCAAGAAGAUCGCGGCCCGGGGUUCCGUGGUCGAGGUGCUGGCCGAGCUGGAGGAGAUCGUCGAGGGCAAGAUGGGCGGCACCCUGGGCGGCAUCCUGGGCAUAUUCUUCGUGUCGCUGCGGGCGGCCGUGCAGGAGAACAGCGCGCUGGCCGAGGCGGAAGGCCCCGUCGCCGUGUGGUCCAGGGCGCUGGAAACCGCCGUCCAGCACCUCGCGCACUACACCCCGGCCAAGGCGGGCGAUCGCACCGUCAUGGACACGCUGAUUCCGUUUGCGGAGGCGAUGGGGGCGAAGCAGAGCUUUGAGGAAGGCGUCGCGGCGGCCGUGAGCGGAGCGGAGGCGACCAAGACCAUGAGGCCGAGACUCGGACGGGCGACUUACGUCGGUGUUGGUGCUGAAGGAAAGGAGCUGCCUCCGGAUCCUGGUGCCUGGGGCGCCAUGGUGGCCAUCAGGGGACUGAAGACAGCCAUCAUUAGUAAUUAUUAA